UCUCUGCUCCUCGACUUUUCACCGUAUCUUUAAGAAUACACAGGGGCUCGUCUGUCCUCAAACCAACACCUUCACAUCUCAGAAUGGCGAGCACCUCUGCGUUUGGGUUGAAAGACUCGUCUCUGGUCAAGACCCAGGGAUUUAUCAACGGUCAGUGGAUUGACGCUAAGAGCGGGGAGAAAAUAACGGUCACGAAUCCUGCCACGGAGGAGAAGCUAGGGACCAUUCCGGAGAUGGGUGUUGAAGAAACAAAGGAGGCAAUCAAUGCUGCAGCUGAAGCAUUCAAGACUUGGUCAAAAACAACUGCUAAGCAUCGACACGAUAUCCUCGUCAAGUACUUCAAUCUUAUGCAAGAGCAUGCAGAAGACCUAUCAAGGAUCAUCACACUCGAAAAUGGGAAAACCCUCACUGAGGCGAAGGGGGAAAACACAUAUAGUUCCUCAUUCAUUGAGUGGUUUGCUGAGGAGGCUGUUCGGACAUACGGAGAACAAAUCCCAUCGGCCUUCCCCGGUGUCCGUAAUGUCGUCAUCAAGCAGCCAAUAGGUGUGUCAUUCGGAUCGAUUCUCACCCCUUGGAACUUCCCUUCCGCCAUGAUUACCCGCAAGCUGGGGGCUGCUUUGGCUGCCGGAUGCACGGCUGUGAUCAAACCCCCUCCAGAGACACCCUUCUCCGCUCUUGCACUCAUUGAGCUUGCUAAACGCGCAGGUGUACCUGACGGCGUCGUCAAUGUUGUCACAACGCAGAAGAACGUCAGCGAAGUUGCCAGAGAAAUGUGUGAGAACAAGAUCGUCAAAAAGGUUUCGUUCACAGGGUCGACCGCUGUUGCAAAGCUCCUAUAUGGAAUGGCCUCGUCCACGCUUAAAAAGGUAUCCCUCGAAGCUGGUGGCAAUGCGCCGUUUAUUGUUUUCAAUGACGCCGACAUUGACCAAGCGGUUGAAGGGGCUAUCCUCUGCAAAUUCCGUGGCAGUGGCCAGACUUGUGUUUGCGCGAACCGUAUCUAUGUCCAAUCAUCAGUCUAUCCUGAAUUUGCAUCUCGCCUUGCUCAACGGGUUGCCGCGUUCAAGGUCGGUAACGGCCUUCAUGAGAAAACCACACAUGGUCCUUUGAUCCACAAACGCGCAGUGGAAAAGGUGAAGAGCCAUAUUGACGACGCAGUGUCAAAGGGUGCACAAGUUUUGAUUGGCGGCAGCCGCCUAGAGGGAGUUGGCUCAUUCUUUGCUCCAACCGUCCUGUCCGACGUACCCGCGGAUGCAUUGAUCAACCAGGAGGAAACCUUCGGUCCUGUGGCUGCCCUCACCAAGUUUGAAACCGAAGAAGAGGUCGUCAAGCUUGCCAACGAUACUGAUGUGGGUUUGGCGGGGUACUUUUACUCCAGAGACGUUGGGAGAGUAUGGAGGGUCGCUGAAGCCCUUGAAGUCGGUAUGGUUGGCACAAACACUGGGUUCAUCUCGCAAGCCGUUAUUCCUUUUGGGGGUGUCAAGGAGAGUGGGCUUGGACGUGAGGGGAGCCACGGUAUCGAAGAGUAUAUGAACACCAAACUCAUCGCAUUUGGAGGCUUAUGAGAUGAAGUCUUGCGAAAGAAUGUACGCCAUACAUCUGUAUCCAUAGUCUUGCUUCCAAACAAAAUACGCAUUCUUUG